AAAAAUAUAUAGUUUGGUUCUAAUAACUAAAUAUAAAAAAACUGAAACUCCAUCAUAAAUAAAGGCAGGGUCGCUAACUCAAAUAGUGAUGGGUAAUGUGAAGAAGCAAGGGUUGGUGGGAGUGCCGAAAGGGUGUUUGGCAAUAAAGGUGGGAGAAGGAGAAGAGCAAGAAAGGUUUGUGGUGCCGGUCAUGUACUUCAACCACCCACUCUUCAUGCAGCUUCUCAAGGAGGCAGAGGAAGAGUACGGCUUCGAUCAAAAAGGAACCAUAACCAUCCCUUGUCAUGUCCGCCACUUUAGGAACGUUAGAGCCAUCAUUGAUACGCAGGGACGGAGCCAGGAUUUCAAUACUGGGGGGCCGAGAAUUGGAAUGAUCAAAUGA